UGUCUGCAAGUCUGCUGCUCCUCCUUGCUCCCUGGGUGGUUGGGUGGGGGAACCACACGCACCCGCAACCGAGAAGGAGAUGGCGACUUACUCUUCCAGCCACGACGGGCAGCGGUUUAUACGUCUGUUCGGCUAUGUGCUGGCAGAGUUCCCCCCGGCGACUCGACAGAGGUUGGACCUCUCUCCCUGUUCUCCGCUGUUUGAUGCCAGCAACAACAACCUCAGCAUCAUUAACAGCGGGAGAUGUUCAGCUGCUGUAGCUAUUGAUACAGAGACAACAGCUAGGCUUCGGGGUGAGUGCUCCUCUCGAGGCGUGCCGCUCGAGAGCGCUCUUUUGGCGAGCCUGUACCUGGCUGCUGCAAGAGCCGUCGGUGAGGAGGGCAAAUUCCCUCGUGUUGCUUCGGAAGGAAACGGGGUUCAUGAAGGCAACAUCCCCCGACGAACCAACGACGCCGUCCGGCUGCAAAGAGCUUUGGUUUUGGGUGUUGUCUCCGUCGUGAUGGCCCUCCUUUCGGGCUCGGUGGAUGGGAAGAUCUUGCGCUACUUCUGCUCCUUCUACGCCGCGCCUGGGCCGUCAACGUCCUCACCGUGGAAGCACCGGGUUUCAUGUUCGUCAUGGCCACCUCCGCUGACAUCAAGGGUGGAGGAGGCGCCCGGGCCCCCGCUGGUAGUAGAUGUGGGACAACCUAUAAGCCCGUCAGGCUUGCGGUAGACUCUCGGCGUGGCCUGUGGGAGAUGGCGGAGAGGCACAAGCGCGGGGCACUUGGUAUGGCCCUGUCGGAGAAGUCUUUUUCCCGGUUCAAGAGUUGCGCGCGCGGUGCGAGGCGUGCGUGGCGGUGGUGUUCGCGACGGUGGGAGCGAAGAAGAAGAGCGAGUGCAAGUUUGGCGUCGGCCGCGCAGGAGACGGGUAUACAACAAGGUGGUCCGCCCCACUUCCAGCUAUUUGGCUGUAUCGAAAUGGAUGGACGCGUGGAUGACAUGGACUUGGCAGCGCUGCUUGCUUCUCUCGACUCGAGGUACACCCUGGUAUAUAGAACCGCGAGAGGACGUCCCAUGUCAUCGUCAAACGGCGGCGGCAGCAACGGUGGCAUUAGCGGCAGUGGGACGUUUCAACAGACCGCGACAACGACUACGGCGGUGGCGCCUGCAUCCAUAGCACAGGAGGGUCUGGAGCUCACCUUCGUCGAGCGACCAAGCGUUUGGUCCGGUCGUUCGGCGAAUGAUGGCAAUAGCGCAGACAUGGCAGGUUGGCUCUUGAAGGAAGCCACUGCGAUUUUAGUCGGUGAAGUGGCCCCACCCCCGGCAUAAGCGACGAAGUGCGCGCGAUCAGUUUGGUGUCGGUUCUUGACGCACAUUCGUGCUUUAUUCAGGAAAGGGACGUGUGGGUGUGAAGCGCUGGCCCACAUCAUCUUGAGGUUAAGCGUGCACCGGCAUGCGCGUAUGUAUGUCUAUGGCGAGGGAGGCGGAAUCAUCUGUUUUCGCUGUAUGGUUUCCCUAACGAUCUUUGUGCGUUUGUGUCGAGGUGUAACGGUGGGAUUAUGUCGCCGUGUUCUUUUGUCGAAGGGCGCUCUAAUUAGACGAAAUGGGUGCACCCGUCCUUGUUGUUCGGGGGUAGAUGACAUGUGGCUGCGUCGGUGGUGAUGGUUGACGGAUGGCCGCAGAGAAGAUGUUAGGUUGUUCUAGCUGCUUCAGUUGCGUGCGUAACCCUUUUUGUACUUGGAGCGCUUUUUUGUUCUUUUUCUAGGGAGGGGCGCGAACAUGUCUCAAGCGCGUAGGACUUAAUCAACGGUUGUGUAGUGUUAACUAGUUGACGCAACAUGUUAAACCCACAAGGUCGACAAGAAGUUGUCAGGACUGUGGGAGCGAAAAAACCGAGUCACGCCUGGUCUGAUGUACUUCGCAAAGACAAGGAAGGAAGAAAACGUUUGAUUGCGCGAGCAUCGACCAACACGUGUCACGUCGUACCAGGGAUUUCCAUUUGGAGUUAUGGCCUAUUCUAAAUGAUCUUCGAGGACGGGGCA